ACCACAAUAUCGCUUGCAUCAACCGCGAGCACCUAUGGUGUGCGGGUGGUGAUACGCAUUUUGGCAACUGUCGUCGCAUGGCGUCGUAAACGAAGACAAUAAUCGGACGGAACCCCGGAAUAGAGGAAACAAAAAUAUGCGUCCGAAAUGUCGUCCCCGCUCGUAAUUCCCAUUGUCGCUCGAAUCAAUUAUUUAAAAGACCCGGGUGGCCAAAUUUUGGAACGCAGUCGAACUUUGAGUGUCGUGACAAUUCGAUCGUACCUAUACCUAAAUUCGUGACGUUUUCUCUCACAUUAGCAAAGUGCUCCGGAUUUCUAGGCUUCAACGCUUCAACGAUGGCUUCCAACUACGAAAAAGUGAUUCUUGCCUGCAUGGUUCUGUGCUGCCUGGUGGCUUUGGUGCGAUGUGAAGACGAAGAUCAAGAUGUUGCAGAGGGUAGAACCUUCGGUCAUCACUUCUUGAAACGAAUGAGCUUUGCUGUGGUCCCAACGGCGUUCGUUGUUGGAGUCAUCACCACCCUGCUGUCCGCCCUUACAGUUGUUUCGAUGAAGGGAUUGGGUGUUGGAGUCAUUCUUCUAGUACUUGCCGUGUCGCAAAUCAUAGCAAGAAGCUCCAACCCAAUCCCACUUCCGCCACCAGUCGCUUAUGCUGCUCCUGCGCCACCAUCCGUUCCGAUCCUGUACCAUAAAGACUGGUAGAUCAUCCUCCCCUAAAACUGAGC